CACACUGAUCACAAGCCCAUCAUCACAUCGCUGCCCAGGCAAGCGCAGCGCUCGCACACGGUAGCCCAGGAAGACUAUCAGUCGAGCUGUGCAGCUUUUGCACGCACGGCUGCCGAGCGAGGCAGCCCACACAGUGCAUACAAGGGCAGCAUACGAGACGCAGCAAGCGAAGUCAGCCCCUCACACGAGCAGCCAAAAAACCGAUGGCGGACGACGCCGACGCCGCCCGCAAGGAGCGCAUGGCCGACUACAGGGUCGGCGGCCGCCACCUCGUGCACCUCGGCCCGGACGUCCUUUCAAGAGAUACGAUGACGAAGGAGCGCGCGCUCACGCCCCUCGGCGAGGAGCCAGCGCCGCGGGAGAGCGUCGCGUCGCCUGUGUCGCAGAAGAGCCCGCGGUCGUCGCUCACGAGCACGCCGCGCGCUUUAGUGAAGCGUGUCUCGAAGCGGCUGCAGCGCAUGGGCAGCCGCGCAUCUUCAUUAUUAGAAGUGGGCAAGCAGGAGCAGGAUUUCUUUGAUCUGGACGAUAGCUAUCUUGAUAGUAGGAAGAUGGACCAUCGAACAGUUAUCAGAGGCCACUAUCCGCGCCGCGAAAAGUGGUAUGCGGCACUCGACCCGGACGGUCCGAGAAGGCAGGGCUGGGACGGUCUCAUGUUGGCGUUGGUUGUUUAUGUGUUGUUCGUGACCCCUUACGAGCUCGCUUUCGUUGCUCAUGUAAAAAAAACAUCAGCUUUAUACAUAUGCAAUACGAUCGUCGAUGUAUGCUUCUGGUGCGACGUCCUCUUUCAAUUCAACACGGGCUAUUACCAUGCUGAUCAAGGAAGAUGGAUAACAGAUAGAAAAGGUAUCGCGUCUAGAUACUUAAAGCUCUGGUUCUGGCUGGACAUGGCUAGUCUAUUACCUUUCGGUUUGAUGGUGCAACGGGAAGACGUGUCCAUUCUGAGAUUAAUAAGAUUGAUUCGACUCUUUAAAUUACUGCGGGUGGCGAAGGCGCCUCGACUCCUCGCGAACAUCCAAGUGAUAGCCACCAUGUCCUACAAGCAAAAGUGCGUCUGGAAAUAUCUACUAGUCUUAUGUAGUAUGUUGCAUUUGAUGGCCUGUGCCAUCCGCAUGGCCCACGACUUUCAACGGGGGACGAAGACGCACUACGAGACCAAUAGUUACUUAAGGUGGCGCGUUCUUGAGAGUAGAAGAAGUAGUUUCAGGGGCAACGGCGCGUUGUACGUCGAUUCCCUGGACUGGGCCGUGUCGGUCAUGCUCGGGAACAGUGCUUAUAGAACGACGGCCGAGGGCAUCAUCAGUAUCCUAGGUAAUCUGUUCGGGGUCAUGUUCGUGGCGUUUCUCUUUGGUGAUUUGACGAAUAUCCUAUGUAAUUUAGAUCCUGCUGCGAACGAAUUUAAACAAACGGUAGACAAUUUGAACCGCUUCGCCUACGAGCAGCAGUUCCCGAAGGAGGUUCGGUCGGCCUUGCACGAAUAUUUACAACAGUCGGAGGGGUUAUUUCGGUCGAAGUUCCACCACUCGCUACUCAAUCAGUUGUCGCCCAAUUUGCAGGAGUUGAUUGCGCACUUUCAACUCGGCCACCGCGUCGUGCGGGCGCCCUUUGUGACGUACGCGCGGCAGUGCACGCUUGGUUUAGUGGUCGGUCGCAGAUUGGUCAUCCGACCGCCGCGGGGCCACCAGCACACUUAUCUCGACGACGAAACGAUCGACGAGGACGACCCCGACGACGACGAGUUGUACUCGAGAGCCUUUGCCAAGAAAGGUAGACGAGAAGCUGUGAUUGUCAGGAUCCACCCGGACAUGCAGUACGACGUGCGCUAUUUGGACGACGCGACGAUGGAGGAACGCGUGACCCACGACCGCAUUAGUGUCAGAGACGAGUCGCAGCGGAUCCAGAAGGCCGUGUCGCGGAUGGAGUACGUCACGAAGCUACUGGUGACGCAGGUGGCCAAGGCGCUGGAGAUGCAUUUAUUUAUGGGCGGCGACUUCGUGAUCCGGAAGGACAUCACUUUAAAUAGAGCGAUGUACAUCGUUGAUUCCGGAAAGGUUAUGCUCCUUGGUUCCGAUGUAUUGAAGCCCUGGGGCAUGUCCUUCUCCCCAGAAGGCGAGUGCUUCGGCGACCGGUCCAUCGCGAUGAUCGUCGCCGGGCAUGCACCAAGACCUUCCUGGUACAACGCGCGCGCGACGCAGAUCUCACGAUUACUAGUACUGGACGCCGCGCAACUCGUCGAGAUCAUCACGGCGCCCGGCUUCGAGCAGUUCCACAAAUUCAUCCACCGUUUUGGGGUGUGGGCGUCGUUCAAGGUCGCGUUCGCGCGGGCCAUGCGCGAGGGCGGCAUCGCGCGCAUCGCGGACGAGUGGCUCGCGCGCGAGCAGGCGGCCGCCGCUGCAUCAGAAGAGGAGGUGCCCCUCGACCUGCGGCUCGACGCGCUAGAACAAAAACUCGACGCGCUCCUCGCGCGGACCUCGUCUGGUUAA